UAAACUUAUUAAUAUCAGUUAAGAAAAUGGAAUGUUUGACUUUAGAUUUUGGUCCAUUUGAGGCUGUUCACCGCUGGAGAAGAAUGCCAGAAUGUGAUGAAUUUGUUGGUGCAAGACGAAGCAAACACACAGUGGUUGCCUACAAGGAUGCAAUAUACGUCUUUGGUGGUGAUAACGGGAAAAACAUGCUGAGUGACUUGUUGCGAUUUGAUGUGAAAGACAAGUCUUGGGGAAGAGCAUUCACGACAGGAACUCCUCCUGCCCCUCGAUACCACCAUUCUGCUGUAGUGCAUGAAGAAAGCAUGUUUGUGUUUGGUGGAUACACAGGAGAUAUCCACUCGAAUUCAAAUCUAACCAAUAAGAAUGACCUAUUCGAGUAUCGCUUUGCUAAAGGACAGUGGGUGGAGUGGAAGUAUGAAGGAAGAAAACCUGUUGCUCGAGCAGCUCAUGGUGCAGCAGUGUAUGACUGGAAGCUGUGGAUAUUUGCGGGAUACGAUGGAAACACCCGACUCAAUGACAUGUGGACAGUCCCUCUGAACGGAGAACAAAGACAAUGGCAAGAGGUUGAACAAAGAGGAAACAUUCCUCCCACCUGCUGUAACUUUGCCUUGGCAGUGGCCAGGGAUUCAAUGUUCGUAUUUUCUGGACAAAGUGGAGCCAAAAUAACAAAUCAUCUCUUCCAAUUUAAUUUUAAAGAAAAUGAAUGGACAAAAAUUUCUACAGAACACAUUCUGCGAGGUGCCCUGCCCCCUCCUGAGAAGAGGUAUGGACACACUAUGGUGGCUUUUGACAGACAUCUGUAUGUGUUUGGGGGAGCUACUGGACAAACAUUACCUAAUGAACUGCACAGCUUUGAUCUGGAUUCACAGACCUGGUCCAUCACAGAACCUGCACCUAACAGCCAGAUACCUGCUGGAAGACUUUUCCACGCUGCUGCUGUUGUGGAUGAUGCUAUGUAUGUAUUUGGUGGAACAGUGGAUAAUAUAGUCAGAAGUGGAGAGAUGUAUAGAUUUCAGUUUUCAAGAUAUCCUAAGUGUACUCUUCAUGAGGAUUUUGGGAAGCUUUUAGAAAGUCAGCAGUUUUGUGACCUACACUUUAUUGUCGGCAAGGAUGGGACGCGGGAAUGUAUAUCUGCACACAUCGCGUUAGUGGCUGCUAGGUCAUCGUGGUUAGCAGAGAAGAUACGUACCGCUAAAGAACAGCGAUACCUGGAUGAGGCGACAAGCUCCGACCCUAUACAGGUGAUUCUGCCCGAGGCAAACCCUACAGCGCUGAAACUGGUCCUCUCCUACAUAUACACAGAUAAAAUUCUACCUACUAAAGAAGGCCAAGAUUUUAAUAGUAAUGAAGUGAUACUUCUUAUGAUGGAUGUGUAUAGACUGGCACUUCAGUUCCACAUGUCCCGGUUGGAGCAGUUGUGUGUACAGUACCUUGAGACCUGUAUUGGUCUGAAGAAUGUCCUUGUAGCCUUACAGAAUGCGUCCAAGAUGAAUCUCGACUUCCUUAAAGAAUAUUGUCUGAAGUUUAUUGUGAAGGAGAGUAAUUGUAGUCAGAUAGUAAACAGUAGAGAGUUUGAGAGCUUAGAUAAGCAGCUUAUGGUAGAAAUCAUCCGAAGGAAGCUGACCCAGCAACAACACGUUAGACUGCCUGCUGAAUCACAUAACGAAGCAAUCAUUACAAAUAAUAACUCAUUGGAACACGACCUUAAUGCCUUCCUGAAGAGAGAUGGAGCAGAAUUCUGUGACAUCACCCUAAUGCUGGAUGACACACCCAUCCCUGCCCACAAAGCAAUUUUAGCAGCCAGGUGUAAUUACUUUGAAGCAAUGUUUAGAUGGAAUGACCCAGAAAAUCACACUGUCAGGAUUGCUAUUGGAGAAAUGGUUCCAUCUCGACAAGCAUUUGACAGUCUCCUGCAGUAUAUAUACUAUGGUGAUGUCACCAUGCCUCCGGAAGACUCACUGUACCUCUUCCCUGCUCCUUAUUUCUACGGAUUCACAAACAACAGAUUGCAAGCCUACUGUAAACACAACCUAGAGAAAAAUGUCUCUGUUCAAAAUGUUGUGCAGAUCUUAGAGGCUGCAGAUAAGAUUCAGGCACUGGAUAUGAAGAAACAUGCUCUGAGAUUAAUUGUACAUCAUUUUCCAAAGGUUGCCAGGCAGCCAGAAUUGGGGCGCCUAAAUAAGGAUAUGCUUCUUGAAAUCAUCGCAGCUGUGGCAGAUGAUAGACGGGAGUCAAGCUUAAGACAUGAACUCUCCUCAAACAAAACUGGGAUAGGACUAGAGGAGAGUUUGGAGAUUUUGAAAUUGGUCAGUGGAGAAUCUACCACUGGAAGUGGCAAAAACCACACGACUAAGUCAACGGUGUCAGCCCUAGAAAGGUUAAAAGAAGAACAGUCGCUACCCUCAAUCAUCACUUUCUCACAGAGCCUGGAUAAUAUGCUGGGAGGGGGGAUUCCUCUAUGUAAAAUCACAGAGUUUUGUGGUGCUCCUGGUGUUGGUAAAACACAAAUGUGCAUGCAAAUAGCAGUGGAUGUUCAAAUUCCUGAACAUUUUGGAGGGUUAGAGGGGGAGGCAGUCUACAUUGAUACAGAGGGGAGUUUUAUUGUGGAGAGACUGGUGGACAUCUCAAAAGCUACUGUAGAUCAUUGUCAGGAAAUGGCUAGACAAGAGGGACUGAAAGGAGACAAGAUGACUGUAGAUUCCGUUCUGUCUCGGGUCCAUUACUACAGAUGUCAUGAUUAUGUAGAACUUCUAGCAACAGUGCAUCUCUUACCAGAAUUUAUUAAACAACAUCCUAAAGUUAGAGUUGUACUUGUAGACAGUGUUGCCUUCCAUUUCCGACAUGAUUUUGAUGAUUUAUCUCUCAGAACAAGGCUGCUUACAGCAAUGGCUCAAAGUUUUAUCAAACUUGCUACUGAGUUUAAGAUUGCAGUAGUUUUAACUAAUCAGAUGACCACAAAGUUUAGUCCAGGAGAAGAUUCACGCCUUGUGCCAGCUCUGGGUGAGAGCUGGGGGCAUGCUAGUACAAUUCGUAUAAUCUUGUAUUGGGAGGCCCAGAAGAGAUGGGCAUGGCUCUACAAAUCCCCCAGUAAACAAGAGAGCAAAGUGCCAUACCAAAUCACAAUGGGUGGUGUUAGAGAUAUAGUCACACCCACGGCUGAUAGUAUCAUAGAACAGAAUUGUGAAGAACCGUCCUCCAAAAGACAGAAGGUUAGUGCAGAUCUAAGAUAUCAGGAGUCAAGUUUGAGGAUCUUCAUCCUUUCAAGAGAUGAGAUCCAUCUCUUUGGAUCAAAAUACAGUUAUUCUACAGCCGCUGGCGGCUAUGGUGGUUAUGGUGGUCAGUCAACAGAUGCUAGUGCUUAUGGACAGCAGCCAGGAGGAACAUAUGGACAGACGGCAACUCAAGGGUAUCAACAGCAAGGUUACACAGGUUAUGACCAAAGUGCUUAUGGACAGCAAGCUGGCCAGACUGCAGGUGCCCAGAGUGCAAGCUAUGGACAGCAGCCCGCAGCUCAGGGGUCAUAUGAUUCAUCAGGAGGAUAUGGAAGCCAGCAGCAGUAUGGACAGCAACAACAGAGUGGAUAUGGUCAGCAAGGAGCUGGACAAACUUCUCAAAACUAUGCAUCAUAUGUUCAACAAGGAGCUCAGGGUAGUCAAGGCUCUUAUGGAUCAUAUGGUCAACAAUCUGGUGUAAUGAACACUCAGCAGUCAGGUUAUCAGACCCAAUCACAAGGUGGAGCAGGGUCAUAUGGUGGACAGAGUGGGGGAUACGGACAACAAAGUGGAGGUUAUCAGGCCCAGGCAUCGGGUGGUGGGGGAUAUGGUCAGCAGAGUGGGGGUCAGGCUGGAAGCUAUGGAGGGGGACCACAGUCAGGGGGUGGUGGUUAUGGUGGAGGAAGUUACGGAUCUCAGGAUAACUACAGACAAGACCGGGGCGGGGGAUAUGGUGACCGUGGGGGCAUGAGAGGUGGUCGCGGUGGAGGAAGAGAUGGUGGGGGUGGAUAUGGUGGUGGUCGAGGAGGUUUCAACAAAUUUGGUGGAGACCGAGGCCGUGAUGACCGUGGGGGUGGCAGUAGUGGAGAUAUGAUGGUGAUGGAAGACACAAUAUUUGUAUCAGGGUUACCUGAAGAUAUUGAUGAAGACGGUCUAGUACAGCACUUUGGCAGCAUUGGUGUUAUUAAGACUGAUAAAAGAUCAGGAAAACCUAAAGUAUGGAUAUAUAAAGACAAGAACACUGGUAGACCAAAGGGAGAAGCCACAAUCACAUAUGAUGAUUCAGAGACAGCAAAGGCAGCAAUUAACUGGUUUAAUGAGAAAGACUUCAGUGGAAAUACAAUUAAGGUGGAGAUUGCCACGAGGAGAAUGAAUGCUAACUUUGGAGGUGGAAGAGGUGGCGGUGGAAGAGGAGGAUUUGGUCGAGGUGGUGGGGGCGGCGGCAGAGGUGGCCGUGGUGGAUUUGGUGGAGGUGGAGGUGGUGGUGAUGGUGGCAGAGAAGGAGACUGGACCUGUCCUAAUGAACAAUGUGGAAACAACAAUUUCUCCUGGAGGAAUAAUUGUAACAGAUGUAAUGCUCCCAGACCAGGAGGGGGUGGUGGAGAUGAUGGUGGUUUCCGUGGUGGCCGAGGAGGAAUGAGAGGAGGUAGAGGUGGUUUUGACCGUGGUGGUCGUGGAGGGGGUGGUAGAGGAGGUGGAUUCGGUGGCGGUAGAGGAGGUGGAUUUGGUGGUGACAGAGGCCGCGGUGGUGGUGGCGGAUUCCGAGGAGGCCGAGGUGGAGAUAGGGGAGGAAGAGACAGGGGAGGUGAUAUGGGCAGACAAGACAGACGACCAAAGCCAUACUAGUUCAGACUGUGACAGCUGUAUUGCAUUUUUACAUGAAACAUUGUUGUAAUAUCAUGUCCCAUUUUAUUUGCAUUGUUUUUAAGUGUUUUCAUCAUCUUUUAACCACUGGAAACUUGCUUAAAUCAUCAAGACAUUUUGUUAAUAAAUAGUGUGAUGUUUAUA